AUGUGUUAUAUAAAUUCUACUACAAUUGGUCUUAUUCUUAUUAAUGGAUUUAAUAUAUAUCUACAUAAUUAUAAUAAUUUUUUAUGUAAAACAUAUUUCUAUUCAGCAUUCCUUUUUGAUACACUUUCACCUACUGUUCUUAUUCUUGCGUCUGUUGAUCGUCUAUUAAUUUCAUCUCAAAAUGUUGAUACAAGAUUAUAUAGUUCGAAACGUUUGGCAUAUUUUUCUAUUACUUUAAAUACAUUAUUUUGGAUUAUUUUUAACUCUCAUAUACUUAUUAAAGUAAGUGUUCAACAAAUUUCACCUACGGACUAUAUUUGUUAUUAUAAUUUUUCAAAAUUCUAUAUUGAUUUUGUUGCUUAUUCAUCAACAAUUAUUCAUAUUGCAUUUUUUCUAUUAAUGAUUAUUUUAUGUAUGUUGACAUUUAAAAAUGUUCGUUUUAUGCGAACUGUACCACAUGAAAAACGACAUCAUAUUCGAUCAAUGACAAAUAAAGAUUUUCAAUUACUUCGUUGUUUAUUUAUUCAAGAUAUUCUUUUCAUUAUUUUUGUAAAUGCGUGCCUUUCUUCUGUUUCUAAUGUACUUUUCACUUAUUCCACAGUUAAAUUAAUAAAAGUACCUAAUACAUCAAUUGCAUUAGUUCAUCGUCUUCUUCAAUUACUUAUUUUUGUUUAUAUAAUUGGUUAUAUCGUCAUAUGGAAAAAAGGAUAUCAACAAUUUCAAGAACCACAUGGUACAAGUAUCAUUAAAGUUAAAGGUAUUGCAAGAGUGGAUGGAAAUAAUACAUUUUUUUAUACAAGUAAAUAUCAUU